UCCUCGCCCUCCUGCGGGGACCGGCAGCGCGACGGCGGGGACCGGCAGGCCGGCGCCGCCAAGAAGAAGACGCGCACGGUGUUCAGCCGCAGCCAGGUCUACCAGCUGGAGUCCACCUUCGACAUGAAGCGCUACCUGAGCAGCUCGGAGCGGGCUUGCCUGGCCUCCAGCCUGCAGCUUACCGAGACCCAGGUGAAGACUUGGUUCCAGAACCGCAGGAACAAGUGGAAACGGCAGCUCUCGGCCGAGCUGGAGGCGGCCAACAUGGCCCACGCCUCGGCGCAGACUCUGGUGGGGAUGCCGCUGGUGUUCAGGGACAAUUCCCUCCUGCGAGUGCCGGUGCCCCGGUCCAUCGCCUUCCCCGCCCCUCUCUACUACCCCGGCAGCAAUCUCUCGGCCUUACCGCUCUACAACCUCUACAACAAGAUCGACUAUUGAGCCUCUGCCCCGCCCGCCCCGUCGGAACCGGCACCAGGACC